UGCGCAUACAUUUUACAUUUUAUUAUCACCCACAUCUAAUUUUUCUUUUGAAAAAAAAAAUACAAAUAAUGAUGAUCCAAAUAACCCUUGGAAUAUAGCCCCCGCUUAUUAUCAAUUAUUUGCUGAUGGAACUGUUAAUCAAAAUCAAUAUUUCAUUCAACCACCCGAUGGAAAUACAAACAUGUUUGUAGAUUUUGGGACUGCUAUUUUUGCAAUGUAUUUAUUCUUAAUAGGAGAUUCAAGUGCAUUAUCAAAUUGGACAUAUAAAGACAACCCAUCACUUGUAAUACUAAUUGUUCUAUUUUCAUUAUUGGUUGUUGUAUAUCUUAUGAAUUUGCUUAUUGGAUUACUUAAUAAUGCAAUUGAAAAAGAUAAUAAUAAAGCCUCAUAUUUAGUACAGAAAGCAGAGAUUCUAGCUGAAAUAGAAUUACUUUAUUUAUUACCACAUCAAAGGCGUUGGCAUGAAUGGUUUCCUGAAGUAAU